AUGUCCUCUCAAUUAUUGCAGGGAGAACUCCUGAAUCUUAUACAAGAAUCAAAGAGAAAGUACUCCGACUUGCGAAAUGCCGCCGAGGAGUCCCUCAAUGACCUGAAGGCGCUUCCUUCCACAUCUGAGGCGCAAAUCUCCGCUGAUCUGGCGCGAAAGCCUCGGUUUGUCAAUCCCUUUAUCUUGGCAUGUCAUACACGCCAUGCCAAGAUCGCCGGCAUAGGUGUUGUUUGCCUGCAAAGACUUGUUGCUUCUAAAUCCCUGCCGUCAGAGCGACUGAAAGAUGUCCUCGGCGGACUGAAGGAGAUCACGAAUCUGACCCUGGACAUCCAGCUCAAGAUCCUGCAGACCCUGCCAUCUCUGUUGCAGCACUAUUCCAAGGAAUUGGGUGGUGAGCUCCUUGUCACGACACUUGAAAUAUGCGCCACCCUACAAUCAAGCAAGACCCUUGCGGUCUCAAGCACGGCAGCAGCUACACUGCAGCAGCUUGUUGUUUCCACAUUUGAGCGGGUAUCAAUAGAAGACAAGAUGCAGGAAGAUUCACGGCCAACGACCACGGUGAAACUUGAUAGUGGUUCUGUAAGAAUAGGGUACUUUGCCCUUGAUGCUCUGCGAGUUUUGGAUGACCUUUGCCGCCUUGUCGAUGGUGAACAGUUGCACUUCUUGAGAAUCAAGUCGUUGUCUCCAACAUUUACCCUGGAACUCAUCGAAAGUGUUUUUCUCAAUAGUGGCCAACUAUUUGUCGACCACCCCGAACUCACGCAAGUGCUACGGGCUCGUCUCAUCCCCAUGACCGUUAGGUACUUAUCGGAAAGGCACCCUUUCUCUCAAACAGUGCGAAUUGCGAGGAUCCUUCUCAUUCUUCUCAAGCGAUAUCUGUCCCUGAUCACCGCGGAAUGCGAAAUGGCCCUUGUGCUCCUGACACAUCUCCUUGAGCCCGAUGGAACGGCAUCAUGGAAGCGAGUGCUAUGUAUGGAGAUGUUUCGAGGUCUAUACGCCGAGCCAGGGCUCGUCAGGAUCAUCUACUCAUUAUAUGAUGGAGUGGAAGGCCGAAAAAACAUUCUUCGAGACCAUAUGGCUUCAUUAGUCCGCCUGGCAGCCGAGAAGCCUUCUUUGAUUGGCGUGAGCAGCCGCUCAACGGUACCGUCGAGUGCGGAGCAUUCUAGUUCAAUCACUGAAGAGCAAAUAACUCUCGAAGUCGGAGGAGUGGCUGGAGUCAUUGGAACAACCGUUCCGUCCAAUGAUACUAACGUUCCGGGCAUCAGCAGCCAGUGGAGUGUAGUCCGCUCACCAUACCUAGAAUUGCUCGAUAAACCCGAUCCUCCACUGCCGCCUGACACAUAUAUCUACAGUUUGGUGUUGAACUGCGUAAGCGCCUUUUCUGAAGGACUUGCCAAGUUUAUACUUCCACUUACAGUGCCUGACCUAAAACCGAAGCGCAAAAGUCGUGUUGCUAGCGAGCGAAAUGGCGGCUCAACGGCGUCAUCACCUGAUCUACACAGGGAAGAUUCUCUUAAGCGAUCGAAGUCGACCAAGAGAUUCCCUAUACCAAUCAAUCCUCUCGAUCUAGAGUCUCAUCCUCAGCUCUCGGCAAUCAAGGCCUGCGCCGGGAUUGUCGAAGAUUGUUGGCCCGCUGUACUUGCGACGUGUUCCACCUUUCUAUACGCGUCAUUGGACGAUGAUUUCUAUCACAAUCUUGUCCGUUCCUUCCAGAAACUCACCCACGUCGCCGGUCUCCUUAGGCUCUCUACGCCUCGUGAUGCUUUCUUAACUACGCUUGGGAAAGCUUCUAUGCCAGCUGAUACGAGCAUCGCUAAGCCCGUUAGUUCGGUAGCAACACCGAGCUCUCAACAUAAUGAUCCUUUAGAAAAGAAGCAAAAAGGCAACGAAGCCUCCUAUCUCACUCCUCAGACACCCAUGGAGGGUCCGGCAGCGCCUGUGAGUGACCAGGCCCUGUCUCUCAGUACAAGGAACCUCCUUUGUCUACGUGCUCUGCUCAACCUGGGCAUUGCCCUCGGUCCCACACUUGACCAGCCUGCUUGGUCGAUAGUCCUCGGUACGCUUCAAGAUACAGACUUGUUGGUCAACAAAUCCCCGACAAGGACGCAAGGCUCAGUUAGUAGCUCUGGAGAAGCGGCAGUCGGGACCAAAGGAGACAUGCCUCAGGGAAACCUGGGAACAGAAAUUAUGGCUGUACAGUCCGCAUCUUUCAAGUUGUUUGAGAGCAGUAAUGAUUACCCAAUUGGCACUUUUCAAGACUUUCUGGUUGCACUAUUGGAUCUCUCUGCAACAACAGAGGAACCCGCGGUGUCCAAGGCAACAGAAAUGGCAGCCGGACAAAAGCACUUGCAAUCGAGCUCCGGCCGCAUGCGGCGUUCGUCCCGUCGUGCUUCACAUGCGUUGGGUAAAUCAAGAAUCCAGGAUGAGGAGCUGAGAUUUGUUUUGGAGAAGGCUCAAGUCUUAGCUAAAGCGAAUCUUGAAAGGCUGUCGUCGUUGGCAGACGACGACCAAAGUGCCUGGCAGCUUCUUACAGACAAGUUGAUGGCAACCGCAGCUAACGGAGAAGUCAGCCAAGACCUCCGUCUGCUCGCAAAUGAAGUACUCAAUGGUCUGGUUUUUGAAACCAUGAAACAAAGUGGUGAUGAAACUGAUGGAGAAAGGGAUGCUCGACAACUGAGAAAUUUGGAAACACUCCAAUCUCAAGUCAAACUGCUCUAUGAGUGCAGCGAAUGCACGUUAGGCUCACCAUCAGCUUCGGUACUCGAGGUUCAUGAGCAAAGUUUGGAAACGUUGAAAAGCAUCUUAGAGCAAUAUGCUGAGGCCUUUGUUCAGUGCUGGACAGCUGUAUUUGGUCUCAUCUCCAGUGUAUUCGGCGAGCCGGCCCAGGAGGAGAGUCAAGAUAGCACGACAGACGUUGGAAGGGGCAAACGGAUGCUCAUAGCCAACUCACCCCGACUAAUCCAAGUGGCAUACAAAAGUCUGCAGCUCAUUGCGUCUGACUUUCUAUCGCAGCUCCCGCCGCCCUGUCGUCUUGACCUUGUGGAAUCCUUCUCCAAAUUUGCCCUACAACAGCAAAUCUUCAACAUCUCGCUUACUACAACAUCAUCCUUUUGGAACGUUUCUGACUUCCUUCACGAACAAACCGGCCGAUUUUCCAUCGAGACACAUGUUGAUCUGUCUGUCAGCGAAGAGAAACUCGCUGCAUUAGCCAAGACGGAUGAUCCAUCUGCUUCGAGCAAUGCGCUUUGGCUACUCCUCCUUUUACGAAUUGUAGACAUUACGACGGAUAGCAGAUCAGAAGUCAGGAAUUGCGCAAUCCAUACUGUACUGAGGAUCUUCGAUGCCUACGGCGAACAGCUCUCACCUAAUGCUUGGUGUUUAUGUUUGAACCGUGUCUUGUUCCGGAUGCUUGAGCAGAUCGAAGCCACUUCCUCUAGCAUAAUGAGCAGGGAUGGAGGGGCGUCCGAGGCAAAGGCAUGGACAGAGACGACAGUUCUUGUGAUAAGAGGAAUAUCUGACCUUGUUACCAACUUCUUUGAGACUAUCGUCAGAGACGAUAAGUUUGACCAUUCUUGGGAACGAUUACUUGAUCACUUUCGAAAGCUGGCAAAAUGGCGCCUCUUGGAAUUUAGUCAAGCUGUCUUUUCGAGUUUGUCAGACAUCCUCUCACGGAUCCAGCCGCCCAGCGAACUGAGCACACAGUCGUUGCGGUCAGCCUGGGCAGUUUGGUCCAAUGGCCACCCCUUGGAAACGGAAGAAAUACUCGACUUGGACCAACCCAAUCAAGAUGCUUCCAUUUCUUACUUAAAUACUUUCCAGCAGGUAUAUCGUCUGUACAAGGAUAAAUUGACGAAGAAGGACAUUGGCACAAUCCUACAACAUAUGAAGCUGAUCGUGUGGAACUCGAUAAGUCCGAAAUACUCGCCUGACAUCGACCGGCCGUCGGCCUUGCAGGUGCUAGUAAUUGACUGCGUGAGAAUGAUGUGCCUAGAGAAGGACGAUUCUCAAGGACAGGUUAUCCAAUGUCUAUCGGAGUUUACGGACUCUGCUUUAACGAAAUGGUCUCCGGAAAACGACUCGAGAAAGCCGACCUACGUUGCGUUCUCCAAGAGCGCAAUAGAUCUUCUCACAUGGUAUGUUGCGGAGUACGGCAUCAAACAAGACAUAUUCGCGGACGGCUCUCUAUCAACAGCAUUGGAACACAUCGCAGUGCCGGUUAUUCAGAGGUAUGAAUGGCCUGGGAAGGAUAAAGAGCCUAGCCUUUGGCGAAAGUCUACUACAGCAUCGCUGAGCAUUUUACGCGUAGCGAUUCCGUACGUCGAGAAGCAGUAUGACACUGCAGGCGAAACUGAAGUAUCCAGAUUCUGGAAUGGGGCGGUUGAGAUUGCCAAUGGCAUUAUGGCCGCCAAGGGCUAUCGGACAGCAGUCAUUCCGGCACCUACUCUGCUGUCUGACGAGGCUUUCGACGUCGAAGCGUUUUCCACACUGAAGCUCCUGAUUAUUCCUUCCCUCGGUGCAUCAGCUAUCCCCGACGGUAUCCGACGGGAUUUCGCCUGCGCCCUGCUCCACUCUUCCUUCAUCUACCUCCCACAAAGGCACGACUUGCCCGCGAAGUACCGCGAGGACGGACUUUUGGAAGGUAUAUAUAACGUGCGGCCAGGGCGAACCUUUGAACCACCACCAACCACACGAAGCAAGAUGGCAUACGUGGCGCUUGACACUCUCUUCGAACUAUCGUCAUCACCCGAUCAAACCCAACCCCAGCCCCCCAACGAAGCGAUAACUAAACGAUCCUCCAUCGCGCGCUCAAUAUCACCAUACCUCAUCCUCCGCUGCGCCGUCUCCCUAAAAGGCUACAUCGCAGACCAGCCCCUGCGUGGCCUUAUGCCGCAGCCAACACCAGCGCGCAAGGCCCUCCUGCAUCUCCUCCGAGGAAUGGUCGAGCUGCAAAGCGAACCCUCCGCUAUCCCGCCGCCCCCUAUGGCGAGUUCCUUAUCGGGCGGGGAUCAAAGCCGCAAGAAGCACCUCGAGUGGAUUUAUCCGCUUGCUGUACAGGCGGUGCAAGUGGCCGGCAAGGAGCGAGGCGGUGGGGAGGUUCUGCGUGCUCUUGGGGAGGUGUUAAGCGUUGUUGGGGCUGUGUAG